AGCUGGUCGCAGACUUUCUCCCCGGAACUGGGGCAGCCCCUUCUGAAGGCCAUUGCUGUGCAUGCCAACCCAAGAAGACACCUCUGGGGUCCACGGGGACUUUCUGGGGAAAGCGAAGCACCGCCCACGCGGUAGAGAAACCUCAAGGUGACGCCGGCUGGGGGUGGGGCCGGAGGGUGAGGCCCCUCCCUCCCUCCGGCGGGGCCGACCUGGGCUGCGGGGUGUGCCAGCCUGCCUAGUCCUGCACGGCGGAGGUGGUAGUGGGGGCCCUAGCCUGUGGCUACUCUGCACCUCGCAGCCAUGGAGGGACCCCAGGAGCUUCUAAGUGGAAAGUUCCAGCUUUGCUUCACCCCAGCAGCCCGGACCAGCUUCUUGAUGCUUAGGCUCAACGACGCAGCGCUGCGGGCGCUGCAGGAGUGUCAGCGGCAACAGGUUCGGCCAGUGAUCGCUUUCCAAGGCAACCGAGGGUAUCUGAGGCUCCCAGGCCCUGGCUGGCCCCGCCUCUUCUCCUUCAUAGUGUCCCAGUGUGGCCAAGAGGGCCCUGGAGUUGGAUUGGACCUUGUGUGUCAACGCUUAGGCAGAUCUGGGCCUAACUGCCUCCACUGCCUGGGCCCACUCAGGGAGCGCCUCACUGUUUGGGCAGCCAUGGAUUCUAUCCCAGCCCCAUCUUCAGUUCAGGGACACAACCUGGCUGAAGAUGCCAGAGAUUCUGAGAGUUGGCAGAACAUGGGAGACGACUAUUCUGAAGCUGCAGUUUCACAGCCACAGAUGGCACUAGAAGAGGUGCCGGACCCACUGGCAAGCAGCCAUGGACAGUCACUCCCAGGAUCCUCGAGGGAACACAUGUCACAGUGGGAAGUGAGGAACCAGACUCAUUAUUCAAAGAGAGAGCCUGAUCAGGUACUGCGUUCCUCUGCUAGCCAGAAAUAUCUGGACAAGAAACGUCCAGCACCUGCAGCCACUAUAAAACUAAAAGAGAAGAGGCCCAGAACUCUGCCUCUAGCUCCAAGUUCCCAACAAGGGCUCCCCACUCAGGACCUACAAGAGGGAGAAAAUUGGGAGCAAGAAGAUAAAGAUGAAGAUAUGGGUUCCAGGCUGGAGCAUAGUCCCUCAGUUCAAGCAGACUCUGAAUCCCCACACCCUGAAGAGGUACCAGAUUAUCUCCUGCAAUACAGGGCCAUCCACAGUGCAGAGCAGCAACAUGCUUAUGAGCAGGACUUUGAAACAGAUUAUGCUGAAUACCGUAUCUUGCAUGCUCGUGUUGGGGCUGCAAGCCAAAGGUUCAUGGAGCUGGGAGCAGAGAUCAAGAGAGUUCAGAGAGGAACUCCAGAACACAAGGUGCUGGAAGAAAAGAUAGUCCAGGAAUAUAAAAAGUUCAGGAAGCGGUACCCAGGUUACAGGGAAGAAAAACGUCGCUGUGAGUACCUGCAUCAGAAAUUGUCCCACAUUAAAGGUCUCAUCCUGGAGUUUGAGAAGAACAGGCGCAGCUGAAGUUGUGAGAGGGCUCUUGGCCCUCUGCCCUGUGAUAUGAAGGAACAAAGCAGCUAUAAACUAG